AUGGAGCAGCAAGGAUCCAUCAACAUGACAGCUGCCAUGGAGGCUCUCUCCCCCUUCUUGAAGAAGCCACGGAGGAUCAUCAUCCAGGUCGAGGCUUUCACGUCAGGGAUCGUAUUGCUGCUGCUCCUGCAGCUCAUCCUCGGUUCCUUCAGACGGCAGUCGACCAACUUCUUGGUUCAAGCUGGUACGUGGGUGACCUACACUCUGUCGUUCCCAGCUAUCGCCUUCACCCUGGGCUUGAUGCAGUCCUCUCCGGUGAAGAAUGUCAUGUACCCCAUCUGGGCCGUCUCAUUGCUGAUGGCCGCUGGGUGCACCAACGCUGUCAAGGUCUACGAGCUCAACGACAACAAGCAAUGGAAGCGGAGUCUUUUCAAUAUCCUCCAGUAUAUCUUCUAUGUUAUGUUGAUCUGCGCGCUAAUUUCUACCUAUACCACCAAACAAGAAGGGGUUUAUUUCCGCGCUCUCUCCACCAUCUUUGCAACUUUUAAGUCUCCUGUGAGUGUUCUCAUUGCUCUGGCUGCCGUUGCCUUACUUACAGGAGUCAUGGGUAGAGAGUUUGCAUGUGUGUUGGUUGAGGUUGGCUAUUUCAUGGCCAGAGGAGUUGCCAAGUUCAUGAAGAACCUGCCUGCUGAUGAUGGCGAUGGGUUCGAUCCUGCCACCAUGAAAGGCUACAAGUACCCUGUUCAAAUUAAUGGACCUUUUGGUCGUGUCACCAUCGACCAGAUCUGGCACUGUGAAGGCAGGCUCCUCAGCUCAGGUACUGUUCACUGCAAGGAGCUCAAGGACUUGUGUCUGGCUAAAGCCAUGUGUGAGCUAUUGAAGCGGCGCUACUAUGGCUUGUCAUUCGCCGAGGAACACCUUAAUGAAACCCAUGAUUUUGUCUUCAAGGGGUUGCUACAGAAACAAGCUGACUACGAGAGAGCUUUCCGUAUUGUUGAAAUGGAGCUGGGCUUCUGCCAUGACUUCUUUUUUACUAAACAUGCCAUCAUCUUUGAGCUGGAGUUUGCAUUCUUCCUGCUCUUCAUUAUGAGGAUUGUUCUCAUUGCGACAUGUGUAUCCUUUGUCGUGCAGAGUACACUAUCUGUCCAGAAAAUCAGCCCUAUCAUUGAAGUGCACACGGAAAGGGCUGAACAGAUCAUCACUCUCCUUGUUUUGGCCACAUUCCUCCUCAUAGAAAUCCUUCAAGCAACAUUUUAUUUGGCCUCGGAUUGGUGCAAGGUGUCAGUUACUUGUAGGUAUGUCAAAAGAUCUUGGUAUCACCACAAUGCUUUCAUUCAGAAGCUUAUCGGAUAUAUUAGCAGAUUUGCCAUUUUCGGGUACUGGAAGAAUAAGAUUGACCAGUACUCGAUAAUUCCGCGUAUCACUGCUGGUGAUUCGUCUGGGGACAGUAGUCACCCAAUAAACAUGUUGCAAGCAGUCAAGCGGGCUAUUGCUAGCUCCCUAAUAUCAUGUGAUGGUCCACCAACUAAUGGAGAAGCGUCAUUAGAGGGGAAGGGUGUGCUCUUGGAGUUUUCUUGGGCAUUGCAGGGUCAAUCUCAAACAGAGACUAUGUUAAUUUGGAGCAUCGCCACUGAUUACUGCCAUAUGACUCCCCCUACCGGGGAUGGGGAGCACGUGAAUGGGGCGUCUGAAAAUGAACAAGACACAAAGGUGAACAGGACUGUAUCAGUCUGCCUGUCAAGAUAUUGCACGUAUUUGAUGAACUCUGCCCCAGAAUUGCUUCCAGGACACUUUGGAGAUACAAAGUUGGCCAUGUCUGAAGUAAAACGUGAAGCAUACAAAGCUCUAAGAUCCCAGAAUGUUUCUUCCAGACCAGGCUUAACAUCCCAGAAUGUCAAUUCUGAAUCGGGCGAUUACAGCUUCAUAUUCCAGAAUAUUUUAAUUUUUGACGGUAAUGAUGUUGAACUGCCAGCCUUUGUAUCAAUUGCUGCAUCCCAGAAAAUUUACCUGGCUAUGAAUCGUUUACAAGACCAAGAGGAAGACAGGAGCAUCUUCAUGAGAGGUGUGAAGCUUGGCAAGCAGCUAGAGGGCAUACCGAGCAGUGCUCUUCGCUGGAAGAUAAUGGCGGAUUUCUGGGCUGAGAAGAUCCUCUACAUCGCACCAUCAGACAAUGUUAAAGGACACAUGGAACUUCUCGCAAAGGGGGGAGAGUUUCUCACCCACAUCUGGGUCCUCCUUACUCAUGCUGGCAUCCUCAAGAUUAACAGGGAGGAAGACAACAACACAACGCCCAGGCGCCAACCACCCCAAGGAGAUGUGUAG